UUUUUACCCAAACUACCCCGCCCCCAAAAAGGAGCACAUCUAGAGAACCGGUUUUGUAAACGAAGGGAUACUGCGCGCCAAAAGUUCAUCUGCGGAUCAGUGACAGCAGCGGUUUUGAAAUCGGGGGACGAAAAAGUAUGGAGGAACCAGAAACGGAAACCAAAGAAGAAGCUCAGAAAUUGAAGAUUGUCAUUCGAUGUGCGAAAGCUGCAAUUCUGCUUUCAUCUCUGGCAUCAAUCGCUGAUCGCCGCCAGAGAUCCACCAGCGAUGGCGCAGAUGAGAUGCUGAUGAGAGCAAUGUCGGAUCUGAAGAUAGAAUUGGCAAGGGAGCGUAUGAGGAGCAGGCGCGUCAGGCUUUGCGGCCUGAUGGAGGUACUUCUUCUGAUCGUGGUGCUGCUCUCACUUUGGACUUUUUGCUUGAUGCUCGUACUUGAAUUCCAUUGAUCUGAAAUCUCAUUUCUGCCGAUGAUCGAUCUGCGUUUUGCUUUUUGUUCCAUUACAUCGUUAGCUGACGUUCGCGGCCUUAGAAUUUGAUUUGUACAAUAAGUUCGGAAACUAGUUUUGCUUCAGUGUGCAAUUUGUGUUCAGUCGAGAUUUGUUCUGUUGAUCUUUUCUCUUCUUUCUCUCGAAUCUUCUUCUGUUAAAUUGCAAAUAUGAUUGUGUAUGUAAUUAGGGCAUUACCUUUAUAUUUUGUAAGAGAGAAAUCUUUUGUGGGAA